AUGCCGUCAACACUCGAGAAAACACGCAAGAAGAUUAUGAAGAAGAGGGGCGCCCUCGGCGCCCUUCACGAGGGAUCCCGGGACUCUCGGCGGCUGCACAAGGCACUCGUGAGAGAUGAAAGGCUGGAGAAGCUUGCGAUGCUCCGACGAAAGCACGAGCAGCCUUUGGUUGAGCGUGCUGGGCAUUUCCAGCAGAUUGUGCUAGAGAGGGACAACAAGGUCCUUGCGGGCGACGAAAUCGAUGCAGGCAUCAAAAGUUUCCUGCGUCGACACGACGAAGAGAUUGAAGCUGCCAAGCAGGCGCGCCGGCCAGGCAGACCGCAGACCAAGCGGGAGGACGUGCUCAAGGUCAAGAUUGCGUCGCUGGAGAAGGAGUUCCAGAACGGAUUCCUGAUUCCCGAUCUGACCGACGAGGAUAACGUCGCGAUGCUCAGCCGCUGGGAAGGCUCAUGGUCGCAGCUGAACUGCCUCAAAUGGGUGCGCAUCACCAGCGAUGGCACCUUUCGGGUGGCCUCUUUCCCUCCCAAGGACUAG